AUGGUUGGAGUGAAAAAGUUUUCGGCCAUCGCGGCCGUCUCGAUGGUCGCCGUGUCAGGCGCAGCCGCAUCGAUUCAGCAGCACGAUGCUUCCCACGCCCACCACGUGCUCGCCCAUCGCGCCCUCACCGAGCGCCAACCACAGCUGAUCAAGGUGCAGAAGCGUCUUGCGGCUACCAUCGGCGACGGUCUCGGCGGCAUCAUCAAUGGUCUCGGUAGGGAUCUCGGUCUUGGUGACCUCGACGAAGCAGAAUACCGUCUGCACAAUCUUCGUCGUGGCCUUGUCGGUGAUGUUCUCGGCGCUGGUGGUGGACAGCCUCCGUCGGCGAGCUCGUCGAGCGCGCCUGCGCCCGCGACAACCUCGCGUCCGGCAUCGAGCAGCAACAACAACGGCGGUGGAUCGUCGAGCAACGCGCCUGCACCGGCGCCCGCUGCGUCGUCCACCUCGGCUCCCGCCAACCGCCCCUCGUCCGGCCAGACGGGCAACACCAGCAGCGGCAGCACCAACAACAACAACGGCAACACCAACACCAACACCAACACCAACACCAACGACAACAGCAACACCAACCAGAACCGCCCUGCGUCGAACGGUGGCAGCUCCAACGCGGGCAGCAGCGGUAGCAACGCUGGCAACAGCGGGUCGAACCAGGGCAGCAGCGGUGCGUCGCCCGUGCAGGCUGCUGCGUCCGGAGCGGCAGCUUCGGCGACGAGCGUCAACUCUGCUGCUGCGUCGGCGUCUGCCUCGAUGGCCGCGGCGGCCGAGAGCCUGCUGUCGGCGGCGGCGGCGUCGCAGUCGAGUGCGCAGGCACAGGCGAGUCUGGCGGCUGCCACGCUGGGAGCGUCACGCAGCAGUGCGAGUGCGGCGGCUACGGGCGUGAACCGCGCCAACUCGAGCGGCUCGUCGAGCAGCGACGGUACGACGAAAGUCGUGGUGCCCAUCGUGGUGAUCGCUGCGUCGGUGGCGGUGAUCGCGGUGGCGUGGACGAUCAUCCGUCGCGUGAGGAGGCGCAAGCAGGAGCAGUUUGAUCCUCGCCUGCGACCGAUCGACCACGAGUACCACCACCGCAACAUGGCGAGCGGCCUUGCAGCGGGUGGAGCGGCUUUCGCGGUGGGUGGAGCAGCAGAUGGUCUGGUGCGUGACCGUCCGAGGCGCGCGAGCUACGAGUCGUUCGAGGCGACGCGACCGAUGAGCACGCUGACCGAGGAGGAGUACGGCGAAGGGGCGCCGCCGAUGCAGGAGGUGGCACCGUACGCGGCCGUUGGGCCGGCUUCGAGCAGGCUGAGGAACUACGGAUCGCAGCGUGGUGGCAAGGACGAUUUCCCGCCCGCCCACCGGGUGACGGACAGCAUGUACGUCGAUGACGCUGCUGCUGGGCGCGGUGCUUCGCCGUACAGCGAUGACCAGGGGGUUUAUGAUGUCAACUACUACGACGGAUCGUCCACCGCUGGGUACAACAACCGCGCUACGCGGGGACUGGAUGCUGCUGCGGUCAACGGCGGUGCGGGUCGACCCUACUCGCCGUACGAAGAGGUGCAGAGGGGCGGCGAGGGCGACUACUACGACUACGACCGCGCGUCGUCGUCGCGCCGCGACCCAUUUGCUGACAGCAAGCGCUGGUCGGGCUAA